AUGCUGCCCUUCUCCGCGAAGCGGCCCAUAUGUCUAUUAUGUCGACUUAGGCACAGUAAACAGGCGCUCUCGCCGACCUUGCACAACCUCUCCUCCACGUCUGAUGCGCGGCACUUAUCCUCGGCCGCCAUUCUCAAUGCACCAAAACCUCGCCGAACCGUUUCAAAUGGACAGCGAUCAAGUCGGACUCGAAAGUCGGCGAACCGAGACCCUUCCCAAGCCGCUGGAAGCACAUUGUCAGGGGUGCAGAAGAACAGAAUAAAAGCGCUUGCCGACUACCUGCCGCUGCUGCAGGAACAUGCCAAAACGCUGGUACCCGAGACUGCGCCCACAGUCGACGAUUUGACCCUCGACCAAGUGCUUGGUAGUUUCAAGCCCAAAACGCGGGCUCUACGCCGGGCAAUACCUACUCUCCAGGAGUCAUACGGAGGACACCCUUUCUAUACAUUGGACUCUGAUCUCCGUCGAAUAGCAUCCCUGACGCCACGAGGAAAGACGGAUGUCGUCGAUGAUGAGACGAAGCGGAUCCUCAGCGGACUAGGUAUUCUCGAGGACCCUGUAGUCCAAGAACCCGAAUCUAGCUCCGUCACGACCAAGCCUGGCCGUCGAAAAAGUGUCCCCAAGGCAGAGCGGCCCGUAUCGACUCCUCGAAUCCGCCGACGAUUCAGCAAAGGGGCCCCGAUACCUCCUAGACAGGCGUCGCUGGAAUAUGGAGGUGUUGAUACAGAAGUAGGGGUAUCGAAGAGAACAAAAUCUUCCGACAAGGAAAGAAUCGCGCAACUGGAUCAGGCGCGCGUAGCAGUUGCACAUCUCAAGGACUUUGCAUUAAAGCCGGUGCAAGUCGAACGCUCACAGGUGCCUACCUUGAGCCACGACCUGUCACGCGUUCUCUUCAACCCAGGCGUCUAUCAGUUACAAGAUCCGCGCUCGAGGGUGUGGAACUUCGAUCCCUAUCUGGGCAAUAUCAUGCCAGUGUCUGAGUUCAACUUCGAUGCGUUAAACAGGUACAUCACGUCCUCGGAGGACUCGCAGCUGCGAAACGUGGCUGCCGCGCACAAGAAGCGUUACAUCGGUUCUACUUCCAGCAUGUCAGGUGUCCUGGCCCAUUUCCACUUUCUUCUCUCUGCGUGGCGCGAGUUGACCAUCGACCAAUUGACUCGAGGAUUCAAAGAUGAUGGCACCUCCUUCACCAAGAUCCAAAGAGGUCCGACAGCCAUCUUCCUUCGAUACAAGGACGGUGUCUAUGCUGUCGAUGCGGACAAGGAGUUUGAUUCAGCCAAUGUACUCAUGAGCCUGGGUCGAUCCAUGGAGAAGCUCCUGACUCUGGAGAAGGAUGACUACGAACGAUAUCGCAGAACGCACGACGAGCAGAAGGAUGCCGAGGUGCACUCAAGCGAACCGGAAGCAUACCACUAUAGCGAGCUUGGGAAGUUCCUCCUACGAUCUCAGCUUGAUGCACACGACCCUCGACUUCCCGGGACAGGCAUGUUUGACCUCAAAACGCGGGCGGUGGCGGCGGUUCGAAUGAUGGUUCACAAACAUGAAGCAGGUGCUGGCUAUCAAAUCAAGAACAGGUUUGGCACGUGGGAGUCCUUUGAGCGGGAGUAUUAUGAUAUGAUGCGUUCAGCCUUUCUCAAAUAUUCGCUCCAAGUACGGAUGGGUCGAAUGGACGGGAUUUUUGUCGCUUAUCACAAUACAGAGCGUCUCUUUGGCUUCCAGUACAUACCGUUACCGGAACUAGACUUGGCCCUGCACGGACAAUCAGACCAGACACUGGGUGACCGCGAGUUCCGGCUGAGCUUCCGGCUUCUCACGGAUAUUUUUGACCAAGCGACGGCGCGGUUCCCCAAGCAGUCUCUAAGGUUCCAUUUCGAGGCGAGAGAGGCGACAUCAGUUCAAGCACCUCACAUGUAUAUUUUCGCGGAACCGGUCACGGAGGAUGAGAUCACUGAUAUUCAGAGCAAAAAGAAGGAGGAAAUCGAAGCCUAUGAGCGACGUAUCUUUAAUCCCAAAUCCCACCAAGCACAGACACCUCCAGAUGAUGAAUGGGAGAAUGCUGCGCCCGAGGACGAAGAUGAUACGUUUGAUGCAGAGGCAGAGGCAGAGAUUACUGAUUUCGCAGAUCCAGACACGGCAGCGCCUCAAGCGUCCACGGCGGAAGCUGGGGAAAGCACGGUGUUGACAGGCUCGUCGAAUGCGGCCGAUGUUGGCUUCUUGAAAAGCCUCAUGGGCAUCGAUAUGGCGCCCAACAACAAGUCUGAGCCGAAAAAGGAGCCAGCCCAGCGUCCUGAGCCAGCGCAGGAACCAGCCAGCCAAAAGCCUCUUUUGGCUUGGAAACUGAACAUCCGGAACAUUGUGAACGGGCUUCCUGUCAGUCGACCUCACGACUUGAAGGAGAAUGACAGCUGGGAUGUUCAGUACACUCUGACACCGUUCCCCGAAGUGUCUGGGCAUCGAAACUAUUUGCUGUGCAAGAACCGACGCAAGGCGGUGUUGGAGGCUCCUCAAGGUGAAGACGAAGCUGUCAGCUACUACAUCCAGCAGUUACUCUCCAUGAGCCAGAAAGGAGCAGACUGGCGACGGAGGUUGGACGAGCUCGAUGCCCAGCGAGACAGAGUCGUCCUCUAUGGCGACCGUGUGACCGGAGAAAGGAAUUAA